AUGUGUUUCCCUUUUGUAAGCUUUGCCAUCUAUGAUUUCAUCUCCCAGACAGAAGGCGACCUCAGUUUUCAGGUGAACGAUGUGAUCAUUGUUAAAGAGCGAAUCGAUGAAAAUUGUACCCACUUGAAUGGUCUUCUAGGUGUUUUCAUAGUUGGUCAGCGGCAGGUCGACUCCAGCUGGUGGGAAGGCCGACUCGACGACCAGGUGGGUAUAUUUCCUGCAAGCUUCGUGAAAGAGAUCACGCUGCCAGCAUCGCAACUGCUAACAGCUGCAGACUGUUCAACGGAAGAUGCUGAAGAGCACGGUCAAAUGUCGUUGGGACUUACUGGCGUGGUGAAGGAGGACCUGCUACCGAGGCUGCCUGAGGAGAUGGAACUACACAAAGGCGAAAUGGUGGUCAUUGACGAAUUUGUAGACAAAUUGUGGUGCCGUGGUCGGUGCGGCGAUCGAUCAGGAACCUUCCCGGUUCGUUUCGUUGAGUUGCUGCCGGGCGACGAUGGUCUGAAACCUGACUUCACGUUGUUCGCAAUUGAGAAGGAUGUCGCUCCGUACGCGAAAGCGAAGUACGAUUUUGUCGGCGUGAAUGCAAAUGAGCUAAACUUCACAGCUGGCGACACUAUAAAGUUGAUCGGCCACGUAGAUGACGAAUGGACUCUGGCUCUGCUGGACGGUAAAAUCGGUUUGGUGCCGACGAACUACAUCGAUAUUUCGCUAGACUGUCCGAUAAUUUCACUGGAUAGGCGGAAGGUGGGCGUCUCGAGACACAGCAGCGAUCUGUACGAUUCUGGGUAUCUAAGCAAUAGUCCGCAAGUGGAAGAUGGUCAUGCGCCUGCCGACCAGAUUUCAUCGGCUUGCUACAGGGUUUUGUACGAUUUUCCGGCCAUCGUCAGCGGAGACCUGGCUGCGAACAAAGGUGACGUAGUGUCCGUGUUGUCCUUCGUCAACCCGCAUUGGGUAAAGGCCAGAAGCUCUAACUCUGGCCAACAAGGCUUGAUACCGUUGGCGUUUCUGACCCGCUUAGAAGAGAAGGUCUCAAGACAAUCACUGCUUGGCGAGGAGCCGAUGAAUGUCACGUGCCGCGACCAACAGAAGGGUACCGGAAUGAAGGACAGUAUCGAAAAGGAGAUCUCGCAUAACUUUUCCUCCUUCGAGCAUAGCGUCAGAACAUCUCGGAGCACCAGCACACCAGAAAUAUAUCCUUCCAACGACACUGUUUAUCGCUCAGCAACUCCUGCUUUCACUGCGUCGUUGGCCGGUUCCCUUUCGGAACUAAGCGCGGACAGCGGCGACGCGGUGAGCGUGAAGACCGAAUGCCGAAGCCGACCUCCUCGACCGUCUGUCUCCCCAGACAGAAACUACAUGCUGCGGAAGAAUUCGAUCCAGCGGCUUAGCGUCCAUGAUCCAGAGUACAAACUGCAGCGGAGGCAGCACCGGUCGAAGAUCGUCCACGAAAUCCUUCUCACUGAACGAUCGUACCAAAAGGACCUGCGCAUCGUUGUCAAGGUGUUUAGCUCCGAGUUUACCGCCGCCAUGGACGUCGACGUGAUCCUUGGCAAUCUGACCGACAUCAUACAGCUGUCUUCAGAUUUGACCUCUCGCAUCGAACCUCAGAAAGACAGCGACGAUUGCAAGGUUGGCGAAGUAUUCUGCAGCCUGACCGAACGCAUGAAGCUGGUGUACAGCAAAUACUGUGAGUUUCAGGACGAAUCGUUCGCUUUGCUGGAAAAGUACGAAGGGGAUGCCGUAAAACGGACGAUUCUCGAUCGAUGUCUUGCGCGGAUUCGCACCGAGACAACUUGCCUUGAUCUGAACUCGAUGAUCAACCGACCGGUGACCAGAAUCGUGAAGUAUCCGUUGUACAUCGACGAGAUUCUCAAAUUUACCGAUGACGAACACCCGGACAAGAAAAACUUGGUGGCAGCACUUUCUCGACUGACGUUCAUCGCCCGAUCAAUCAACGAGUCGAAACGUCGCACAGAUCUUGUGAAGAAGUAUCGUCGCGAAAAUGACAUUUCGCUUUCACAGCGCCUUUCUCGCCUCUCUCUCCACUCGGUUCGUAAAAAGGGCACCCGAAUCAGUGUCAGACUGUCGUCGACGCUCGGCCUUACUCACCUCGUAAGCGACGAUGUGUUUAAAUGCCUAACUUCCGAAUGACU